AUGCAAACACCUUUAACAGCAUCACCGAACGGUAGUGCCACGACCUCUUCUCUAUCGUACAGCAAACAUCUCUACGCCAACAGGGUGGGUGGUGGACCUGAGGAUUUUGGUUUUGCACCGAGAAGGCAACAAAGACGCUAUAAAACAGUGCGCAAGGUGAAAUUAACGGGCGGCAACUUGGUAUUGGAAAAUCCUGUACCCAACAAAUACUUGCAACGAGUCAAGCGACGCGAUGAAAAUGAAUUUACCCACAUGCGCUACACAGCAGCGACCUGUGAUCCCGCCGAUUUCCAACGAGAAAAUUAUCGUCUUCGUCAAAAUCUGCUACAGAGAGAAACGGAAUUAUUCAUCGUUUUGACCAUGUAUAAUGAAGACGAGGUGUUGUUCUGUAGAACCAUGAACGGUGUCAUGAAGAAUAUUGCGCAUCUUUGCUCUCGUCAUCGCUCUCAAACGUGGGGUCCCACGGGUUGGAAAAAAGUCGUGGUUUGCAUUGUCUCGGAUGGACGCACCAAGAUUCAUCCUCGUACCUUAUCUGUGUUGGCUGCCAUGGGUGUGUAUCAAGACGGUUUAGCCAAGAAUAUUGUGAAUGGUAAGCCAGUAACAGCGCAUAUUUACGAGCAUACAACACAAUUAUCGAUUGAUGCGGAUAUGAAUUUCAGAGGUUCAGAAAAAGGAGUCGUGCCUGUUCAAGUCUUGUUUUGCUUAAAGGAGAAAAAUCAAAAGAAAAUCAAUUCCCAUCGAUGGUUCUUUCAAGCCUUUGGCCCUUUGUUGAAACCCAACGUGUGCGUUCUCUUGGAUGUCGGUACCAAGCCAAGCGGCACCUCUAUCUAUCACUUGUGGAAAUCGUUUGAUAUCAACCGCCAUGUCGCAGGCGCGUGUGGUGAAAUCAAGGCCAUGUUGGGCACCGCCGGCGUGCAACUGCUCAAUCCGCUCGUCGCGUCACAAAACUUUGAGUACAAAAUGUCCAACAUUCUCGAUAAACCCCUCGAGUCGGUGCUGGGCCAUAUUUCUGUCUUGCCCGGCGCUUUCUCUGCCUAUCGCUACAAGGCACUGCAGAACGACGUCCAUGGCCAGGGUCCGCUGGAAAAGUACUUUCUCGGAGAAAAGAUGCACGGGAGCGACGCUGAUAUUUUCACAGCCAACAUGUACUUGGCCGAAGACCGCAUCCUGUGCUAUGAGCUCGUGGCCAAGAAACACGCGGCGUGGGUGCUGCAUUACUGCUCCAACGCGCACGGCGAAACCGACGUGCCGGACAACGUGCCUGAAUUCAUCUCUCAGCGUCGGCGCUGGCUCAACGGCUCCUUCUUUGCUGGCCUUUAUUCCAUGGUGCACUGGCGGAAAGUCUGGAGUUCGGACCACAGCCUCUUUCGGAAACUGCUGUUCAUGCUGAACGACCUCUAUCAGCUGUACAAUCUCGUGUUUUCCUGGUUUGCCAUCGGCAAUUUCUAUCUCGUCUUUUACAUCAUGACCACCUCCAUCAGCACCGCACCCGAGCCGCCGUUCCGGGCCCACGUGGCCGGUCUGAUCCACACCGUGCUCAACUACAUCUACGUGCUGCUGUUGAUCAUUCAGUUUAUCAUUGCCAUGGGCAAUCGGCCCCAAGGCUUCCGAUGGGCGUACACGCUGAUCAUUGUCUUUUUUGCCCUCCUGAUGGGGUACGUCAUGUUUUGUACCGUGUGGAUCACGGUGCGAGGCGUGCAAGGCGCCUUUGAAACAGCCGCGUUGAACCAGGGCGAGAGUGUGAGCGAGCAGAUGCUGACCUUGAUACGACAGAGCACCUUCCGCAAUGUCAUUGUGUCCGUGUGUUCUACGUACGUCAUGUAUUUCGUGGCCAGCCUCUUGUUCCUCGAUCCAUGGCACAUGCUGACGAGCUUGGCCCCGUACAUCUUUAUGUCGCCCAGCUACAUCAACGUCCUCAACAUCUACGCCUUUUGUAAUACCCAUGAUGUGUCGUGGGGCACCAAGGGUGACAAUGGCGUCUCUACCGAUCUGGGCGUCGUCAAAGGCACGCAAGGAAAAGACGGAGAACAUGAAGUGGAGGUCGCGUUGCCCACGGAGCAAAAAGAUCUCAACGAGCUCUACGAUGAGGCUUGUCUGGAUCUGAAAGCGGCUACGGUGCCUGAAGUCAAGAAGCGCGAUGCCAAGACAAAGCAAGAGGACUAUUAUCGAUCCUUUCGAACCAAAUUAGUCACCGUCUGGAUAUUCUCCAAUUUGGUCUUGGUCACUAUCAUUACGAAUGGUCAAGAUGUCUUUCAAUGGUUUGGUAACUACAAUGAGCGAGCGACAGCCUACCUCGGCUUUAUUCUUUGGUCUGUAGCGGGUUUAUCCGCUGUCCGAUUCGUAGGUGCCUGUCUCUAUCUUGUCAUGAAAAUCUUUAGGGGCUAA